GUUGAUGUAAUUGCUGUAGUUACUAUAGUUAGUAUAGUAGCUGUAGUAGCUGUAGUUGCUGUAGUUGCUGUAGUUGCUGUAGUUGGUGUAGUUGCUGUAUUUGGUGUACUUGCUGUAGUUGCUGUAGUUGGUGUAGUUGGUGUAGUAGCUGUAGUUGGUGUAGUUGGUGUAGUUGGUGUAGGUGAUGUAGUUGCUGUAGUUGCUGUAGUUGCUUUAUUUGCUGUAGUUCGUGUAGUUGCUGUAGUUGGUGUAGUAGCUGUAGUUGGUGUAGUUGGUGUAGUUGCUGUAGUUGGUGUAGUAGCUGUAGUUGGUGUAGUUGCCGUAGUUGCUGUAGUUGGUGUAGUUGGUGUAGUGGCUAUAGUUGGUGUAGUAGCUGUAGUUGGUGUAGUAGCUAUAGUUGGUGUAGUUGGUGUAGUUGGUGUAGUUGGUGUAGUAGCUGUAGUUGGUGUAUUUGGUGUAGUUGGUGUCAGACAUUCCCACUGGGUGUGGAACAAACAAAAACGAAAGGCUACACAGAAAGCUUCGGAAAAUUGCAGGAAGAAGUAAGUUAGGUGUUAAACUUGCGUAUGCUCUGUUUACCAGAGCUUUUCAUCUCAUAAAUACUGAAACAGACGAAAAACAGGGAUGUAAAAAAAAGAAGUAGUGGAAACUAUCGAUGUAGAAGAGAAUUUUGGCUUUUAUAAGAAUGCCAAUGGAAGCGUUUUACCAGCUGAUAUCCUGAGUUUAAACGAAUCUAAAUCCGAUCAAGACAGUUUGAUGCUGGAAGCCAUUAUCAAUAGAGCAGACGUUUCGAGCAAAAUCUAUAAUAACGUAAAAGGUAAUGGACUAGAUGAACUGGAAAGUCACGACUUCCGUCGGUCACUAUUGGUUUUCCAGUCAAUGAAUAAAGAACAUAACACCAAUCAUUCAAGUCAAAGCAUCCUUGAUCAGCGCGCAGAAAAUAUGGGUUUUAAAAGACAACCAUCAUCAAAAGAUGGGGACUGCUUCUUUUUUUUCGCUCGCUUUACAGAUAUCGAACUUGUUGACCACAUGCGACGAAAAAGUUGAAGAACAAUUCAACAAACUUGGAAUAAAAAAUCAACAAAGUAUUACCGAAAUAGCACGACGUUUGCGACAAUUAAUAGUUCAAGAAUGGCUAAGUAACAGCGAGCAAUACCAACCCUUUGUUCAACCGGGCCUUGACUAUUAUUCUGAAGCGAAACGAUUCUUAAUGCCAGGUCAUUUUGCAGCGAGUAUUUGCGAUGCUAUGCCACUUGCCGCAGCCAAUGUCCUCCACCUUCCCCUUGUCCUUGUAACGUCAGUAACAGAUUGGCCUUUAACAAUCGUUACGCCACACGUUCAGGCCAUUUCCAGUGUGCCGCUGUAUCUCGCAUUUACACAAGAGGAAAGUGGCCAUUAUGAUUCAUUGAUUGAACUUUCAAGACCCCAAUUUGUAGGAAAAUACAGGACAAUGCGGGAAAUCCGAAUAAAGCGCCGUUGUGGUGUCAACAACAAAAAUGCAAAUACUUUAAACUGUUGCGAGGCACCAAAACAAAGUAUUGGGAGAAGAAGAAAGUACUCAAGCAGAUGGAAAUGUUUGAAAGCGGGAAUAAAAUGUGGUGACAAGUGCAAAUGCAAAAGCUGUGGAAACGGAAGAAACUCACCUGAAGCAAGGCAAAGAAAGAACUACAGAAGCAAGUUUAUUAAAACAUCUUUCACUAAAAGAAUAACAGAAAAACCAUUUUUAUUACAAAGGGAAGGCGCGGAUUACACACGUAGCAGUUUUUCUGUGUUGGAACUUAUGAUUUUGGAAUUUUGCUUACUGUCGUUGGGAAUCAAAUCUUGUAAAAACAAACCAGAAAAAGUGGCAAAGCUCUACAACUCAUGUAUUGAUUUUUAUAACCGCUCUACAGCACACAAAUUAACUCGGAGGUCGAUUACUGAAAUAAAAACGGAAAUGAACAAACACAAAAGCAGCAAGAACAACAAAAAAUAGUUUUAUUUCAAAUCGUUACUUAAAUGUAACAAUGAAGUAACAAACAAGGUUUAAUCGUGUUAGUCGCAAUGGUCAUUUAAUAUAUGUGAUCCAGGGGCUCGUUAUUUUUGCUGAAAAAAUAGACGAAUACUAAUUGGCACUCUCGACUCACCAAAACUUUCACAUAAUGACAAUGCUUUAAAGUAUUUACGGUGAGGUCACUGUUUGAGGUUUAAUGACCAUAGAUUUUAGGGAAAUAGGGAAAACGGCGCUAAAAUGAAGAUAAUCCGUAAAUUUCAAGUGCCAGAUGCAGUCAGACAUUAUGUAGAUUAAUUACAUAAAUAUUAAGAGAAAGGAAAUAAAGGUAAAGACAUCAUAUAAUUUCAAUGAAAUUAUAUCGAAUACAUCAUUAUAUAAGAUUAAUUACCCGUUAGAGAGCAUAAGUUUCAAGAAUCACCAUAACGUUUUCGAGAUCCUCCCAAUUACUAAGUACAGUCGACUUCCGAUAACUCGAACCUUCAAGGGAAAUGGAAAAAAGUUCAAGUUAUCGGGAGUUCGAGUUAUCGGGAGCUUGAAGAAAAUAGCCGGAGGUAAGGUGAAAAACAGUUUCAGUACUGUACAGUGAACAUUUUAAUCACAUUUUAUUGCAGAAAUGUUAAGUGAAAAUUGAAACAUACUGUCAGAUUAUAAAUCACAACGUAUAACUUAACAAAACAUAGUCUAAAUAGAGCCUGCGUUUUACUGUUUUGAGAAGUAAAGCUGUUUCACGUUGGAUUUGUGAGAAACAACAUCAGCCUCCACUAGUGAACUAUAUCUGCGACAGGUCAGUGGGACUUUCAAAUCCAAUGUUUUGAACGCCAGUACACUGUUUUUCCAGACUUUUUAAGGGCUCAAAACACGGUUCGAGUUAUCGACGGUAAAGUUGUAUAGAAAAUGACUUGAGGGGAAACGAAAAUUGGUUCGAGUUAGCGGGAGUUCGAGUUAUCGAGGAUUCGAGUUACCGAGGGUAAAAUUACAUUAAAUGUAUGGCGGAAACCCAGGGGAAAUCGAUUUUAGUUCGAGUCAGCGCGAGGUUCGAGUUAGCGAGGGUUCGAAUCGUGAGUCGACUGUACUUACUUUGAGGGAAACUUUCUAAAAUUUGUGUUCGUUUAGUUCGUACCUCGUCUUCGGAGGGGAAUACGAGUUAGCGCGAGGUUCGAGUUAGCGAGGGUUCGAGUUACCGAGAGUCAACUGUAGUGCUCACAGAUAAACAGGUGUCAUUUUGGUGAGAAAACUAGUUGGCCGUCGUCAAUCUACUACGUUCUUUAGCGAGAACGUCAAAAAAAAAAAACUAAAAAAGGGGGAAAACGCGAUUUAAUGUUCAUUACAAUCUCGUCAUCGUAUUCCUACAACAAGACACUAAAAAAAAAGUAACUACAUCUAAACUACACCAAACUACAUCGAACUACAGCGGAGAUGCCAAAUCUGGACACUCUUUCUUUUGCAUUACCCCGAAUAUCAAUGAUCAACCCCCCGAUAAGCACAAUACAGCAACUACACCGAAUUACACCAACCACAUCAACUACACUAACUACAGCAACUACACCGACUGCAACAACUACACCAAUUACACCAACUACGCCAACUACCACAACUACAUCAACUACAGCAACUACAGCAACUAAACCAACUACACCAACUACAGCAACUACAGCAACUACACCAACUACGCCAACUACAGCAACUACAGCAACUACAGCAACUACAUCAACUACGCCAACUACACCAACUACAGCAACUACAGCAACUACGCCAACUACACCAACUACAGCAACUACAGCAACUACAGCAACUACAGCAACUACAUCAACUACAGCAACUACACCAACUAAAGCAACUACAGCAACUACGCUAACUACACCAACUACAGCAACUACAGCAACUACACAAAAUACACCAACUACAAAAACUACAGCAACUACAUCAACUACAGCUACUACAGCAACUACACCAACUACAGCUACUACACCAACUACACCAACUACAGCAACUAAAGCAACUACGCCAACUACACCAACUACAGCAACUACACCAACUACAGCUACUACAGCAACUACAGCAACUACAGCAACUACACCAACUACAGCAACUACGCCAACUACAGCAACUACACCAACUACAGCAACUACAGCAACUACGCCAACUACACCAACUACAGCAACUACAGCAACUACAUUAACUACAGCUACUACACCAACUACACCAACUACAGCAACUACAGCAACUACGCCAACUACACCAACUACAGCAACUACGCCAACUACGCCAACUACAGCAACUACAUCAACUACACCAACUACAUCAACUACAGCUACUACACCAACUACACCAACUACAUCAACUACAGCUACUACACCAACUACACCAACUACACCAACUACAUCAACUACAGCUACUACACCAACUACACCAACUACAGCAACUACGCCAACUACGCCAACUACAGCAACUACAUCAACUACAUCAACUACAGCUACUACACCAACUACAGCAACUACGCCAACUACACCAACUACAGCAACUACGCCAACUACACCAACUACAGCAACUACAGUUACUACACCAACUACACCAACUACAGCAACUACAGCAUUAAGCAACUACAUCAACUACAGCUACUACACCAAGUACAGCAACUACACCAACUACAGCAACUACGGCAACUACACCAACUACAGCUACUACACCAACUACACCAACUACAGCAACUACACCAACUACAGUUACUACACCAACUACAGCUACUACAGCAACUACACCAACUACGUCAACUACGCCAACUAAGGCAACUACACCAACUACAGCUACUACACCAACUACACCAACUACACCAACUACGGCAACUACACCAACUACAGCAACUACAGCAACUACAGGAACUACACCAACUACUGCUACUACAGCUACUAUACCAACUACAGCAACUACAGCAACUACAUCAACUACGCCAACUACAGCAACUACACCAACUAAAGCAACUACAGCAACUACG